UCGGUGGCCUUGAAUAACCCAACAACAUUGAGCGUUAGUUUGAGUUUUCAGUGGCUGGGAGAUUACAUUUUCCUUGAUAUAAUUUCUAAUUUACUUUGCUCCAGGUUGAAGAUGAGUUCCAAAAGGUCACCGGUAGACCAGGGAGACAACGUGACCAAAUUUAGGAAGAUUGUUAGUUCAGAUUUAAAAUUGGAUCCAGGUAGAAAAGUGGAGGUGAAGAAGCCGUGUGAUACUGGCCAGAAGCCAAGACAAAUUACUGAGAAUUUUGACUUUACUGCCGCUACCGUCUCUAAUAUACGUCCUCAUGGCUAUAGAUUUAGAGGAAGGGUCCAGGGUGAGGCUUCUCCUGCUGCCCCUGUGUUGUCUUCCAGCUGUAGUGUAGGAAGCAGAGUUAUCGAGGUGAAUUCUGAUGAUUCAGAGAAUCAGAGGGAUGUUUCAUUAGGGGAGAGUUUAUAUGGUAGCAUCGGGCGGCUAGCAAGACUGGAGAGGCAGAGUGUUACGAGAGUUUGCAGUGAUGCCGAGGAUCACCCUAGCGUUCUGCAGGAAAUAAUUAAAAAAAAUGGCUACACAGCACAGCAGGUGUUCAAUGUUGAUGAAACUGGACUGUACUGGAAACGUAUACCAGGGACGACCUUCAUGGAAGAUGAGAUGACUUCACUGGGCAGUAAUUAUGCCAACGAGUGCCUAACUCUUCUACUGGGCGGCAAUGCUGCCGGCAACUUCAAACUUAAACCCUUACUUGUUUACCACUCUGAAACACCAAAGGCUCUUAAAGGUUAUGCCAAACCUAACCUCCCAGUUAUUUGGCGUUCGAACAAGAAAGCUUGGGUGACUACGAGUAUUUUUCAGGAUUGGUUUUGCACGUAUUUCUGCCCUGCCGUUGAAAAAUACUGCGCCCAGAACAGCAUUGCUCACAAGGUAUUACUGAUCCUAGAUAACAGCACGUGCCAUCCUGGAAAUUUGAAUGACCUUUCCCAACAUGUCAGGGUCGAGUUUCUUCCCAAGAAUACAAAGACUCGGAUUCAGCCAAUGGAUCAGGGUGUUAAAACCACAUUUAAGGCAUAUUAUUUAAGAAGACUUAUCAACCAGUUCAAGAGAGAAAUGAACAGUGAAAAUAAGCCAACAGUGAGAGAAUAUUGGCAAAAUUACAACAUAAAGAAUGCUAUUGAAAACAUCUAUCAUUCUUGGAAUGACCUCACGUUGGCCACGAUGAACGGUGUUUGGGCAAAACUCUGGCCUGAAUGUGUUCAAAACCUUGCUAAUUACCAGGAGAAAUUUUCAGACCUUCUCAAGAGCAUUGUGGACCUUGCCAGAGAUGUUGGCUUUGAAGAUCUUGCAGAAGCUGAUCUUGUGAAGUGGUUGGAAUCCCAUCAACCAGAACUUAGUAAUGAGGACUUGUUGAAGCUUGAAAAAGAGAGAGAAGCAUUGAUAGAUGAUGAGGAUAAUGUUGAAACUACACCCGCUCCUCGCCAAUUAUCCCUAAACCACUUAUCAAAUUCUUUUACUCUUCUAGAAAAAGCUAUGGUAAUCUAUAGAGAAAAUGAUCCAUGUCGAGAACGCAGCACUAAAGUUUGUCAGGAUAUCAACAAUGCUGUUCUCUACUAUAAGGAGCUAUAUCAAGAGAAACUGAAACGAGCUCUUCAAACUUCUGAUCUUUUAUUGGAAGCUGAUACUAAUGAGGACUAUAAGAUCGACUUAAACAAUGAUGAUGAUAUGAUCGACGUGAAAGAAGAGCCUCUGAAAGAAGAAGCGCCACUGGUGGAUAACAACAAUGGCUUCUGUGAUUUCCUUGUGAAUGCAGACCACAAAUACGACGUGAAGGAUGGGCCGAACCUCACAAACACUCUCAACAGUACGUGGGCUUUGUGUGGUUUACAUGGCUCAGAUGUGAGCAGUGGUGAUGAUAGUGAUAGUGAAUAUGAUCUCCAAGCUCUUGAAAAUAGUUCCAGUAGCGAGAGUGAAGUGAAAUAUUCUCCUGUGAAGUGCCAGUAUAUACGAUGCUAUAUGCACUCUAAUAGUGUGCCAUAUGCUAUUCCAAGGCCUAUAGACAAGGCCAACAAAUUUAAUGUCUUCUUCUCUGCUGUAGGAUCAAAGCUAGUAAAUAAUAUUCCUAACUCAAAUACCCAGCCAAAAGACUACCUCACUGGCAACUACCCAAAUGCUAUAUCUAGCUUCAACUAA